AUGCCACCAACUAAACGAAAAAAUAAAAAUAAUAAUAACAAACCUUCAAAUAAUGGAUCUCUUACUUCUAACAAUGAGAUUACUAAUUUAAAAAAUUGGUUGGAAUAUCUUAGAGCUGAAAACGAAAGGCUUCAGCAGUCUCAGCAACCUAACUUCAUACAAAGCUUUAAUAAUAUUCAUUAUUCUGAAAAUGACGACGGCCCAUUACCACUACAAAAAAAGCAAAAAAUCUAUAAAAAAGGAUAUGAAAGGGUUAUUGAUUCUAGUGAUUCGGAUCCAGCUAAGAAUAGUGAUUGUAGCGAUUUUGAAAAUGAUUAUAAUAAGCAAUUACCAGAACAAAAAAAGCAAAAAAGCUAUAAAAAAAAAAUUGAAAGAUCGUUGAUUCCACUCACCAAAAAAUUACCAAUUACCAACAUAGCUCCUGAAAAUAUAACUCCUGAAAAUAUAACUCCUGAAAAUGUAACUCCUGAAACUUCUAACAACAUAAUGGAUAAUCAGCAAAAAGAGACCUCAAAGAAUAGACGUAGUGAUUCACCAAAAGAAACUCAAAAUUGGCAACCCUCUGCUCGACGAGAAUUAUAUUCAUAUUUUUUACCCAGAAAAGCCAGAAAUGUAUGGAAAAUAGCCCAACAAACUCAUCAACUUUUUAACACUCGAGGUUAUUUAUAUCUUUAUGCUAUUCAACAAAUUACCCCUUUAUCUUAA